AUGCUCCACAAAACGCUAUCUUAUCAACAAUCAUCCUCAGAAACUAUUGAGAAUGAAGUAAUGUGCAUGCAUCUGGCUAGGUGUAUCAUCGAAGACUUCAGCAACGUCCCUGAGGAACACCCCAAGUACACAUUUCCAUUCUUGCAUUAUCUGACUGGCGCGACUAUAAUUGCGUUGGGACUAAUCAUCAAGCAACCUGCAUUCAAACAUGCCUAUGGUGAUUUGACAUUGGAGGCAGCGAGAUCACUAGAGAAUCACUGCCAGAUGACAUGGGUAUCUGGUAGAAUGGCCCGAGCUGUCCUGAAACUAAAUCAAAUGGCAACUGCAACUCUGGGCACUGUCACUCAGGCCUCUCUACCAAGAGCGGAAAGCCAUCAUAAUAUGGUAUUUGACCCUCCAGGAUCAUCCGUGCUUAACGGAGCCCGAUUCAGAUCAAUAUCGGAACGUCCGGACCAAGAAAUGUCCAAGCCUGCCGCAGAAGAGCGGAAUCCAGAGGCUGUUGUUCAAAGACUGAUGUCGUUUGCGGAAGAAUCGCAAUACUCCCGAAUCACUCGGGAAUCGGGACACAGAAAUCCGAAGAUCGGUAGCCACCAUAUUGAGGAUUCCUUGACAGCAUCUGAUGCACUGGAUAACAACCAAGAGAGAAAUUCCAGCACCCGACAGGCACCACCAUGUGGAUAUAAUGGGGGUUAUAAUGCUGCCCUACCCAGCAUUGGAGGCAUUGUUGAUGCUUCACCUAUUGGCUCUCGCCGAGUCGACACGCUAGCGACAACAGUGCCUGCUCAUAUAAUGAGUGACACAAGAGUAUCGACACCUUAUCCAAACGCAUGGCUGCCUGGAGAAAUGAUAGGGGGCGGUACGGAAUGGCUACAAACAUUGUUUACAAGCGACUUGGAUACUUACAUCCCUCCGGCCUGGGAUUGA